UCCGCUUCAUCUUGCUCGCGAUGUGUGUAGCCUUCUCUAAGUGGAAAAAAUACGGUGUCAAAACGGAAUGUAAACACGACUAAAACAUGAUCUUUCGACAAAGUGGGACCUAAAGCGCUGUCACACUGGGUAGAUGAGGAUAUUCUGCAAAGGUUUUGGCGCAUCUUUGUUGUCUUCGUAUGUCCACUUUCUCCGUAAAUGGUCUCCGGCGAGCUGUGCCUGGCAGCGGACAACGACUUCUUGGCGAAUAAUAUGAAGGAGAUGAUUGGAGGUUGCUGCGUGUGCUCAGACGAGAGAGGCUGGGCAGAAAACCCUCUAGUAUACUGUGACGGUCACGGCUGCAAUGUUGCAGUCCAUCAAGCAUGCUAUGGCAUCGUGCAGGUGCCCACUGGACCCUGGUUCUGCAGGAAGUGUGAAUCUCAGGAGAGAGCAGCCAGAGUGAGGUGUGAGCUGUGCCCCCACAAAGAUGGUGCACUCAAGAGGACAGAUAACGGAGGUUGGGCCCAUGUGGUGUGUGCCCUUUACAUCCCUGAAGUGGAGUUUGCUAACGUCUCCACCAUGGAACCCAUCGUACUGCAGUCUGUCCCCCACGAUCGCUACAACAAGACGUGUUAUAUCUGUGAAGACCAGGGCAGAGAGAGUAAAGCUGCCACCGGAGCCUGCAUGACCUGCAACAAACAUGGCUGCCGACAAGCCUUCCACGUCACAUGUGCUCAGUUUGCUGGGUUGUUGUGUGAGGAGCAGGGGUCGGACGCAGACAACGUCAAAUACUGUGGCUACUGCAAGUACCACUACAGCAAACUGAAACACAAAGAGAGGGAGAGACACAAACCCAAACACAAGAAGAUUCUAGAGCUUUCCCCCACCCUCGCUCCAACUCUCAUGGUCACCUCAGACAAGAGCUACAGCAGCGGUGGUGGAGGAGGAGUCUCCUCUUUGCCCAUCUCAUCUCAGAAGCGAUUGGAUGACAGUGCCGCCCGUUUCACCACCGCCAACUUCCAGGAAGUGCCUGUGCACUCCGGGAGUGCUAAGGACGCCCCCUCCAUGGGGUCAGAGAGCAAACAAGGGUCGGAGGUCAAACAGGGCAAAAAGAGCAUUUGCCAUGGGAUUGGUGUUCAGCGGGGACGCAAGUCCCUCACACCUGGGAAGCCCCUCGCCUCUGCUGUGGUCACUAUGGCAACCUCCUCCACUGCCGCCUCCUCCACUGGAACCUUUCAUCAAGCCCUUCUGCUGUCAAAUAAGACGUCCUCCACCGUGACUCCUCCCACCUCUGACUUCCUGGGCUUCUCUGAUCCGUUGCUGCGCUCUGGAGGCGGGGACUCCUUCUCCCCGCCCUCGUUCAGCCGCUGCCUCGUGAAGCCCAGUGAGCUCACGUCCUCGGAGGGCAUGGCGUCGCUCAGCACCUUCGGUUCGAUGAUGUCGCUUCCUGCCAGCGGUGGCGUAGCCGGCGGAAAACUGUACGAGAACUCUCUCAGUGAGCCAACGGGGAACGUUGCUGCCUCGGCCGGCUCCAAGCGCUCCUCAUCAUCCUCCUCUUCCUCUGCUGCCUCCUCCUCCUCUGGGCCAGGGAUGGGGGGAGAAGUAGGAGAAGAAGGAGUGAAGGGAAAGAAGAAGAGAGGAAACUGGAGGAACCGAUAUGGACCCUGCUUCAAUGCUCCUGACGGCAUGGCUACAGACGGACCUGAGCACCACACAGCACCGCUACCUCUCCCUUCAUCGUCCUCUUCUCUCUCCUCCACCUCAUCCUCCUCUCCUUCCCCCUCCUCUACCAGCGCUCUGCCAGGCCGGCCCGGUGGAGGUGAGAGGGGAGGAGAGAGAGGAGGUCUGCUGUGUGUUGGUGUCAGCAGUGGGAUCCAGAAGUCUCCUUCCUUACUGAGGAACGGCAGUGUGCAGAUUGAUGGAGUCACCUCUACUCCCUCUGGGACCGGUGCAUUCUCCAGUGGUGACGUGUCAUCAGGGGCGGGACCUGUUGCUAUGGGUGGCGCUAACUCUGAGUUGCAGCAGCCAACACCCUCACUAGCCCCUCCCACUCCCCUCACUGCCACAGCCCCCCUGACCAGCACAGCCUCCUCCCAUGUGAGUGGGUUACCAGGUCUAGUGUUCAACAUGGCUCCCUCCCACAUGUUUGGAAACCGACUCAACCCCAACUCUGCCAUGGCUGCUCUCAUCGCACAGUCUGAGGCUUCCCCCACAGAUCAGGAUGUUGGAGAUGGAAACAGUGUUGGAGCUCAGGGCUUCCCCAGACGAGCCUCUCCCAAGACCACCCUCUCUCCACAUUCUCCUUUAGGUGGGCUACAGAUCCGGUAUGACCCAGGGUCAGCGUCAGGGUUAGGUUCAGGUCAGGGAGGCGGAGGGGACACCUCUAUAGAACAGCUGCUGGAGAGACAGUGGAGUGAUGGACAACAGCUCCUACUGCAGCAGGGAGCACAGGGAGAUGUGUUGGGGUUGUUGAAGUCCCUCCACCAGCUGCAGCAGGAGAACAGGCGUCUAGAAGACCAGAUUAAAACUCUGACCAUGAAGAAAGAACGACUGCAGCUCCUGUCAGCUCAGCUGUCUGUGCCUUUCACCCCUUCUGCUGCUGCCCAAGAUGUGAAGGGUGACUCCUCUCUACCUGCUCAGGAUAGCGUGUCGUGUGGCCGCAGUAGUGGUGGCUCUACCUCUUCUCUCUCCACCCCCCCCUCCAUCUCCCACAGCCCUCCCCAGCCGCCUCAGCUCAACGGGGUUGCCAUGGGAACAAUGCUGCUGGGAGGGGGAGCUGGGCUAGGGAUGGGGGGGAUAGUGGGGGUUCUGAACAGAGUCAUACAAACCACUUCCAGCCCUCACACAUACAGCUACACACAUACCUCCUCACCGGGCCCCAGCACCGCUCUGCCCAUCUCCAGCUCCAUCAACACCAGCUCAGCUACAGCUAAAAGCAGGUUGGAUGCCUUGUCUGAGCAGCAGAGGCUCUUACUGCACCAGAACCAACUACAACAGCUACUGUCUUCACAGCCCUCUGCGGAACAGCAGCAGGUGUUAUUUUACCAGUUGAUGCAGCAACAACAAGACCUCCACCAACUCCAGUCUUUCUCCUCCUCCCAGCUUCCCGCCAUCCCUCUCUCCUCUGCUCAGCUGCCCAUCACCUCCCUUCUUUCCUCCUCCAACGCCCACGGCACCAUCACCGCCAACCCCUUCCUGGCUCUGCACACACACCCCGACACACACACACACGCCGCUGCACAGAAGCCCCGGCUGGCUGAGAAAGCUGUUGGAGUCACUGGACAGGAGAAGACCUGACCCACAAAACAUAUCUCUCUCUUCUCUGUAUCCAUCUCUCUAUCCAUCUCUCUCUCUCUUUCUGUUGGUGAUUCUCUCUACUCUCUAUCCAUCUCUCUAUCCAUCUCUCUCUCUUUCUGUUGGUGAUUCUCUCUACUCUCUAUCCAUCUCUCUAUCCAUCUCUCUCUCUCUUUCUGUUGGUGAUUCUCUCUACUCUCUAUCCAUCUCUCUAUCCAUCCAUCUAUCUCUCUCUCAGGGGUCUCCACCAUCAUGUGAUCAGUGCUGUGUGUUUAACCACACAAGCUCGCCCACAUAGAACUACAAACUCCAAAAAACGAUCAGGACACUAACAUAGCUGACUGACUCACAGCUCAGCUGGAGAGAUGCGGUCUGGGAAGUAUGACUCUCAUUGGACAGUUUCAAGAGAGGGAGGAGUUUGUAACUGCUGUUACCUCUCUAUAUCUGUGUGUAUGGACCAGCAUAAGACCUGACCAGAGACCACUCUAAUGUAAGACUGUCUUUCUGCUGUACCUACCUCACACACACAAACCAGCCCAUCUGUUACCUCUCUAUAUCUGUGUGUAUGGACCAGCAUAAGACCUGACCAGAGACCACUCUAAUGUAAGACUGUCUUUCUGCUGUACCUACCUCACACACACAAACCAGCCCAUUAGUGCCCACAACUCUCAGCAUCGGCCAAUAGGAAUCCACAACAUUCAUGACUGGCCAGUCCAAUCGCCAAGUGCCUAAAGCCGAGGGGGCAGGGUUACUCAUACUCCUCUUCCUGUCUCUCCUGUCAGACAUCCAUUCUCACCAUAUUACUGGCUGUCAAGCUGCGUUGCCCAGGCAACAGGUCACACAACACAUUCUGAGAAGCUGGAAACUGUAUUGUGCUGCUUUCACAAACUACAGAAACAAACUUUAUAAAUGGUCUCUUUUUAUUUAUUUAGAAGUGCCCACUGUUCUUUCAAGCGUUUGUUUUAUACUAAUGUUUUAAGUUUUUCUCACUCUUUCUGUAAACAUUUUUGAUGGAAACAAAUAUUUGUUGUGUACUCAGAAAGAUUGAAGUAGUGGUGGUGGUGGUGGUGGUGGUGGAGGUGGUGGUGUAUAUAGCUGCUAUUGUGGGGAGGGGUGUGGAUUCAAUGGCACAGUUUUUACCUCGUUUGUGUAAAUAAAUAUAUAUUUUUCAUUGGCUGUGGGGUAUAAAUAAGUGAUUGUGAUUGGCCCUGCUGGUGUGAAGGAUAGCCAAUGAAACCUCAUUUUGUGUGAAUCUUAUGAGCAGACAAUAGGAGACGGUGACUGAACACAAAGUAUUAAUUUAUUUUUAUAUGUGCAGCGACAUUGUUUCAUUGUUUUUAUAAGUUUCACACCAUUUAUUUUAUACUCGGCACCAUGUUUCCAUCUGUGUUCACUUUUGUUUGGAUCAAUUUUGAACAACUGAAAAAUCAUAAAACAUCCUCAAAUGUUUCUAUUUCAAGUCACCGAAAUAAAGAAGCGUUCUGGAUAAAGAAAGAGACUGACUGUUGGUGAAAAGACGAGGAGGAGGACUUACAGCAAGCCUGUGGUGGGAUGUCGUCAUGGUGUGGUUUGUAGCUAGUGAGAACAUCGUUAAAGCUUGAUUUAACAGCUCUGUUCAAGUGCUUUUUGUCAAAUGCAUUUUAAUGCUUUGGUUGAAUAAAGAACAGAUCUACCUC